AGGCCGCGGUCACACUCUUGCUGCGCGCGUCGAAUAAAACAAUGAAAAUAGUGACGAAUUUUUUUCCGUUGAUGUAUUGUUGAAGAAAAGCUCGCGGCGCGAUGUUUAACUGGCAGCUCGUGUAUUUUUGUUAAUUUUUUUAAGUUUAAAAAAUACGUUAAGGCAAUAAAUGUGAGUGAGCAGGGAGAAAUAACCCACUACGAAACACGACGACAGCGACGCUGACAACGAAAAAUGAUCAAGCCGAAUCUAUGCGCCAAAUCUUGGUUGUAGUUUUAGGCCAAACAACGACUAAAAACCACGGCUUAAAACGCACAAAGGAGAACUGCAGCUCUGGCUGGCGCUGCGGCGGCGGCAAUCGACUACAAAAGCAGAUUAUUGCAGAUAUAUACGUAUAUUUGUGUAUAUAGUUUUUUUUUUUUGCUGGUGUGACGCUCGUUUUGUUACGACGUUUCCGAUGAUCUUGGCCCGUUGUUGUUUGCCUUUCGUGUUGUUGUAACUCGUUUUGUGCGCGCGUGUGAUGUGUGAUUCAUGCAACCCAACAGCACCAGCAACAACAACGAAAACGACAAAAAGAGUGAAAUAUGCUAAGUAAAUAAGUGGCAGGCCAAAGAGAGUAGUAGAAGCCACAAAAUACUUCUUUGACGCGUGCAUCCUCGAUUGAGAGCGCAAGAUAAAAAGCCAUACACAAAAACACACCACGAUCGCGCUCAGUGAGAGUGAGCAAGAAAGAGAGAGAUACAGACAGACAGACAGAGAGAGAGAGAGAGAGAGAACAGAGGUGUGUUGUAGUUGUACAGCUGUCAAGUGCGCCGAAGCAGCGGCAGCGACAGCGACUGCGACGUCCAAGUCCUUUUUCGUUCGACUAGCAGGCCAUCUCGCUCGCACGCUAGAUCACUAUUCUCCUCCACUGCAGCUGCCUCUCUAACAACUGAAAACCGAAAAACCACGAACAAGAAGAAGAGAGAGGAUGCCAACAACAAACUGCAGCAGCAGCAGCAGCAGCAGCGGCAGCGGGCAGACAAGCAUAAAGAAGAGCAUUCCAUUGGAAAAAACGUGUGCAUUAUUAUUAAUAUAAUUAAUAAUUACUAAAACAACAACGAAAUACAUGUGCGUGCGUGUGAGUGAAAUAGAAAGUGCAUUAACAGCAACAGAAACAACAACAACAAACAGUAAAGUGUAAAAAUACCAAUACAACAAGAGCAAUACAAACGAAAUGAAGGUUACCGUUUGCUUCGGCGAUGUGCGCAUUCUGGUGCCCUGCGGCUCCGGAGAACUUCUCGUCAGCGAAUUGGUCAAGGAGGCAACGCGCCGCUACAUCAAGGCAGCCGGAAAGCCGGACUCGUGGGUGACGGUGACGCAUCUACAGACACAGUCGGGCAUCCUCGAUCCCGACGACUGUGUGCGGGAUGUGGCCGACGAUCGGGAACAGAUCCUCGCACACUUUGAGGAUCCCGGACCGGAUCCGGGCGUGGCGCAGGGCGGCGGCGACGGAGCCUCCGGCAGCUCCUCGGUGGGCACCGGGUCGCCGGACAUCUUCCGCGACCCCACGAACACGGAGGCCCCCACCCGGGACCUGUCCACGCCGCACAUCGAGGUGACGAGCACCACCUCGGGCCCGAUGGCCGGCCUGGGCGUGGGCCUGAUGGUGCGCCGCAGCAGCGACCCCAAUCUGCUGGCCUCGCUCAAGGCGGAGGGCAGCAACAAGCGUUGGUCGGCGGCGGCGCCACACUACGCCGGCGGCGAUUCGCCCGAGCGUCUGCUGAUCGACAAGGCCGGCGGCCAGCUGUCGCCCCAAUGGGAGGAGGAGGAUGACGUCGCCAGCCAGCAGCAGCUCAAGGAACAGCUGCUGCUCCAACAGCAGCAGCAGCAGCAGCCCCCAGCUGCCGCCCAUCAGCCAUUCGCCCGCUCGGGGCGCCUGUCCAUGCAGUUCCUGGGCGACGGCAACGGCUACAAGUGGAUGGAGGCGGCCGAGAAGCUGCAGCAUCAGAACCAGAACCCGAACCCGAGCCAGAACCCGGGCCAGAAUCAGAACCACCAUUCGGGACACCGGGAAGCACAUUCCGGACAGUCGUCGCUGCCGAACAGCGCCUACUCGAGCAAGUCCCUGCCGCGGGAGAGCAAGCGGAAGGAGCCGCUGGGGCAGGCGUACGAGUCGAUCCGCGAGAAGGACGGCGAGAUGCUGCUGAUCAUCAACGAGUACGGCAGUCCGCUGGGCCUCACGGCCAUGCCGGACAAGGAGCACGGCGGCGGACUCCUUGUCCAGCACGUGGAGCCCGGCAGUCGGGCCGAGCGCGGGCGGCUGCGGCGCGAGGACCGCAUCCUCGAGAUCAACGGCAUCAAGCUGAUCGGCCUCAGCGAGUCGCAGGUCCAGGAGCACCUCCGACGGGCCCUCGAGUGCUCCGAGCUGCGGGUGCGCGUCCUGCGCGGCGACCAGCAGCAGCGCCAGCAGCGGCGCGACUCCAAGGUGGCCGAAAUGGUCGAGGUGGCCACCGUCUCGCCCACGCGAAAGCCGCACGCCGCCCCCGUGGGCACCUCCCUGCAGGUGGCCAACACCCGGAAGCUGGGCCGCAAGAUCGAGAUCCUGCUCAAGAAGGGCCCCAACGGCCUGGGCUUCUCGGUGACGACGCGCGACAAUCCCGCCGGCGGCCACUGCCCCAUCUACAUCAAGAACAUACUGCCCCGCGGCGCGGCCAUCGAGGACGGACGCCUCAAGCCCGGCGAUCGGCUGCUCGAGGUCGACGGCACUCCCAUGACGGGCAAAACCCAAACCGAUGUGGUGGCCAUCCUCCGGGGCAUGCAGGCGGGCGCCACAGUCCGCAUAGUCGUCUCCCGUCAGCAGGAGCUGGCCGAGCAGACCGAUCAGGCGGCAGCAGCAGCGGCAGCACAGGCAGAAAAAGCCGCUUCCGCAGCCGCUCCUGCUGCGGCUUCCAUCCAGGUGCAGAAAUCGAGCAGCGCCCGUUCGCUCUUCCAGCAGCAGCAGCAGCAGCUCCUUAACGAAUCUCAGCAUUUCAUCGAUGCGGGCAGCGAGUCGGCAGCCUCAAAUGAUAGCCUGCCGCCGAGCAGCAACAGCUGGAAUACCCGCGAGGAGCUGACGCUGCACAUACCAGUGCACGACACGGAGAAGGCCGGACUGGGGGUGAGCGUCAAGGGAAAGACCUGCUCGAACCUGAAUGCCUCCAGCUCGAGUGGCAGUGGCGGUGGCAGCGGCAGCGGCCAGAUGAAGCACGACGGCGAUCUGGGGAUAUUCGUGAAGAGCGUUAUCCAUGGCGGAGCCGCCUCCCGGGACGGACGACUGCGGAUGAACGACCAGCUGCUGAGCGUGAACGGGGUGUCGCUGCGCGGCCAGAACAAUGCCGAGGCCAUGGAGACACUGCGUCGGGCGAUGGUCAAUACGCCGGGCAAGCAUCCGGGCACCAUAACGCUCCUCGUGGGCCGCAAGAUCCAGCGCUCGGCCAGCUCCAGCGACAUCCUGGACCAGGGUCUGAAUCAGAGUCACAAUCACAGCCAUAGCAACGGCAGCGGCAGCGGCAGCGGCAGCAGCAACAGCAACAGCGGCCACAACAACAGCAGCUCUAAUGCGAGCGACAAUUCGGGGGCCACCGUCAUUUACUUGAGUCCCGAGAAGCGGGAACAGCGCGGCGGCGGCAACGAAAGAGGAGCCGGCGGCAGCAGCGAGAUGAACAGAUGGAGCAACCCCGUUUUGGAUCGUCUAACCGGUGGCAUUUGCUCCACAAACACACAGGCCCAGCAGCAGCUCUCGCAGCAACAUCCGCAGCAGCAACAGCAUCAGCAGCCGCAGCAGCCACGUCGCCUGCCCCCAACCCCGAUCUGCAGCAGUGCGGCACUCCGCAACGAGAGCUACUACAUGGCCACCAACGACAACUGGUCGCCGGCGCAGCUCCAUCUGCUGACGGGCCAUGGAAAUACGGCGCUGCUGAUCGAGGACGAUGCCGAGCCAAUGUCCCCGGUCCUGCCGGCGCGUCCCCACGAUGGGCAGCACUGCAACCCGAGCAGCGCCAACCCAUCGUCGCAGACGAAGGCAGUGGCAGCGGGAGUGCCAGCGGGAGUGGCCGUCACUGUGCCGGGCACACCGUCGAGCAGCAGCACCUUCGACGCCACCUACUCGUCGCAGCUCAGCCUGGAGACGAACUCGGGCGUGGAGCACUUCUCGCGCGAUGCUCUGGGCCGGCGCAGCAUCUCGGAGAAGCACCAUGCGGCGCUGGAUGCCCGCGAGACGGGCACCUACCAGCGCAACAAGAAGCUGCGCGAGGAGCGCGAGCGCGAGCGCCGCAUCCAGCUGACCAAAUCGGCCGUCUUUGGGGGCUCCGUCGAGUCGCUGACGACCCGGAUCGCCAACGCCAAUGCCCAGCUGGCGGGCUACAGGCACGCCAAGACCGCGUCCAGCAUCGAGCAGCGCGAGUCGAUGCAGCAGCAGCUGGCGGCCGCCGAGGCCGAGGCCCGCGACCAGCUGGGGGACCUGGGCCCCUCGCUGGGCAUGAAGAAGUCCUCGUCGCUGGAGUCGCUCCAGACCAUGGUCCAGGAGCUGCAGAUGUCCGACGAGCCGCGUGGCCAUCAGGCUCUGCGUGCCCCGCGCGGCCGCGGCAGGGAGGACAGCCUCAGGGCGGCGGUUGUCAGCGAACCGGAUGCGAAUAAGCCCCGCAAGACGUGGCUGCUGGAGGAUGGGGACCACGAGGGCGGCUUUGCCUCGCAGCGGAACGGACCCUUCCAGAGCUCCCUGAACGACGGCAAGCACGGCAGCAAGUCGUCGCGAGCCAAGAAGCCGAGCAUUCUGCGGGGCAUCGGACACAUGUUCCGCUUCGGCAAGAACCGCAAGGACGGGGUGGUGCCAGUGGACACCUACAGUGCUGUGGCCAUCUCUCCGCCCUCAUCGGUGGUAUCAUCAUCGCCACAGCUGCAGCAGCAACAGCAGCAGCAGCAGCAGCUGCAACAGCAACAGCAACAGAUACCCGCCGCUGCGCUGGCAGCUUUGGAGAGGAAUGGAAAGCCGCCAGCAUACCAGCCACCGCCGCCACUGCCAGCACCGAAUGGUGUGGGUGCGGGCGGGGCCGGCGGUGUAACGGCAGCGAAUGGCGGCAUCCAUCAGAACGAUAUAUUCAAUCAUCGGUAUCAGCAUUAUGCCAACUAUGAGGAUCUGCAUCAGCAUCAGCAGCAGCAGCAGCAGCAACAGCAGCAGCAUCAACAGAUUAGCACAUCAGUCGAGAGGCUAUCGGAGUCGACGCUCGAAUGCAUGCGUCAGCAGGUGAUACGACAACGCAUCAAGGUGGAGGCGGAAAGUCGCCGCCAUCAGCAUUACCAUUCGCAGCGCAGCGCCCGUUCGCAGGACAUCAGCAUGCACUCGACCAGCUCCUCGUCGCACCACCAGCAUCCGCAGGCCCAGACGCAGGGCCACACGAACGGCGGCAUCCGUCCCAUGAGCAGCUACUACGAGUACGAGACCGUGCAACAGCAGCGUAUGGGCAGCAUCAAGCACAGCCACCACAGCAGCCACAAUGGGGCGGCAGCAGGCACCACGGGGGCCUCGGGCUCCUCGGCGUCGCCCAUCAAUGUGCCCCACUGGAAGGCGGCCGCCCUCAACGGCUACUCCCCGGCCAGCCUGAACAGCAGCUCCCGCAGCCGCGGACCUUUUGUCACCCAAGUGACCAUUCGAGAGCAGAGCGGCAUGCCGUCCCAGCUGCAGCAGCAGCAGCAGCCUACCUACCAGACCGUGCAGAAGAUGGGGCCACAGUCACAGUACGGCAGCAGUGCUGGCUCCCAGCCGCACGCCUCGAAGGUGUGACUAUAGGUGCUGGCGCAUGCGCGCGCCACACGGGAUGUGCUCGUGGAGGAUAAUCAGCAGCAGCAGCAGCAACAGCAGCAGCUGGGGCUAAGCGAGGUCAGCGAAGUAGAGAUCUUCUACUACGCCACCGAAUGCUGAGACACUUCCUUCCUGGACACCCACCGGGCCUCUCUCCUCCGCAUGGGAGGGACGCUGUGUGUGACGCUGGGCAGCCGGCAAAAACCAGAGAUUUUUUUUUACCCAAUGGAUUGGAUGGCACUGGAGAUGGAUGGAGUUUUUCGAAAAAAUGUCCACAUUUUGUACACAAGACACACCCCCAUACAAACGUACACGCAUACAUACAUACAACUUGUAUUUAGAUUAAAUUUAAGUCCAUUUAUUCCCAAUGCAUACGUACAUAUAUGUACUCGAUAUGAAAUGAAAAGUAUUCCCCUAUUUAAAGAAGAACCUUAUGUUGUAUUCACUCUUUUAAUAUCUAAGUCAAACGAACGCCUUUGUACAUAAUUAGGUUUAUGCAGAAGCCAACAAAAAACCCACAAAACAUGCGAGUUGCACUUUGGACUCCCACGACGAAGUACCAUUUCUCCAUUUAUUUUCAUUCGUUUUUGUUGUAUAUAGAACUUUUGUUUGUUUUGUUAGCUUUAAAGCGGACGCCAUUUUGUGUGCAAAAGGUUAGGAUUUGCAACAGCGAAAAAGUAAAACUUAAAGCACCCACACACACACACACACAAACACACAUAUAGUACUAUAUUGUAUACCAUAAAUAAUUUUUUUUAUUUUUUUUUUUUUUUGUCUAUAUAAGAUCGAAAUUGUGCAGCCGACCUUUCGGGUCUUCCCGGGGUCUCUAAAAGACAGGCAGCUUCAUUUAGUUAUACGUAAUAAUUAUAUGCAAUUAUGGUACAUAGAACGUAAGCGUAAGCAAAUAGUGUAGCGAGUAGUACAUACAUAUAUACCCUAGAAGUUUAUUCUGUGUACUUUGUAAGUAAUUUGUAAAUUACGGCACCGAAUUGCGAAUUAAAAGCUAACGAUUUCCAUAAACAA